AUGUGUGAGAAGGAAACGGAGGCCGUUGGGCGCGGCGCCCGUCCCUUGCAGCGUGAUCUGUCUGGAUGGCUGUCUUACGGAAGAGUCCCCUGCAGGCCACGCAACACAGCCCUCCUCCCAUCCUCGCCGUCGUCCGCCUCUGCUUAUCGUGUCGCAUUGCAUCCUGACCCUCUACCUAUCUCUCUCUCUCUAUCCACCACCACCACCACCCAGAACAGCAUCUGGCCGACGGGUAAGCGUUUUGUGAAACGCCAAACGAUUCUGGGCUGUGCACCUCUCCCCACAGAUUCCACUACACUGCACGGCUUCCUCGACGAGCUCGCGUUCAGCACACGUUGCUAUUUUUUCCAUGCGGUACCUGUUUCAUCCAUCUGUGUAGACGCAUCCUUGCCCAGAUUUUGUCGCAUCUCUCCACGGCAGUUUUGCCCUCAACUUGACCACUACCGCACCGCUUGCCCAUCUACCAACCCUCCGCCUAUCGAUACCGUACCCUCAACCAUCUCUCAUCCAUCCAUCCAUCCCCGGACUCCGCCGCAUCGCAUCCAGUCUUCGACUCUUCACCACCCACCGCCACCACCUUCCGCGACACACACGCCUCCUCUGCCAAUCCUCUCCGUGUGCGAUACUCCACGGCACCUCUAUUCUUCGUUCGCGCCUCGUAAAUCGAUACGGUCCGAGGACCUUUGGUGGCUGAAAUGGAAGACAAGUACGCAGCGUGGACGCGUUGAGCUGCCCAACCAUGUGAUGCUGAUUGUCCACAGAUAUAUCGGUCUAAUACUGGCCAUCUCCUCUUCACUCGCAAUCGGUAUGUCGCCCCUCUGCGUCCUGCUUCAACCCUCUCCGAGUCUCCAUGCUAAUCCUGCUGAAGGAACGAGCUUCGUGAUAACCAAAAAGGGUCUCACCGCUUCGGCUGAAAAAUAUGGAUUCGAUGGCGAUGGCUUUUCGUAUCUACAGAAUCCUACUUGGUGGGCUGGCAUAGUCACCAUGGUUCUUGGAGAGAUCUUCAACUUCGCCGCGUACGCUUUCGCACCCGCAAUUCUCGUGACGCCUCUCGGUGCCUUGUCCGUGCUUAUCAGUGCGGUUUUAGGCUCGUAUUAUCUGGACGAACAUUUGGGAGUUCUAGGCAGGAUUGGAUGUGCAAUUUGCCUCAUAGGAUCCGUCAUCAUCGUACUCCAUGCGCCCGCAGACAAGGAUGUCACCUCGGUUGACGAGAUCCUCAACUAUGCGAUCCAACCCGGAUUUCUCAUGUACUGCACUCUUGUCGCCAUCUUCUCCGCCUUCAUGAUCUACAAGGUGGCGCCAAAAUACGGCCGCAAAAACCCGCUCAUUUAUCUGUCCAUUUGCUCCACUACGGGAUCCGUCUCCAUCAUGGCCAUCAAAGCUUUUGGCGUCGCGCUAAAGAUGACUUUCGAGGGCAAUAACCAAUUCACCCACCCCUCGACAUAUGUGUUCAUCAUCAUCACAGUCGCCUGCAUCCUUACCCAGAUGAACUACCUCAACAAGGCUCUCAGCCAAUUUUCCACAAACAUCGUGAACCCGCUCUAUUACGUUACUUUUACAACGUGUACGCUCAUCGCUUCCUUCCUCUUGUUCCGCGGGUUCAACACCACGUCCCCCGUGAACACAAUCUCGCUUCUCUGCGGUUUCCUCGUCAUCUUCUCGGGUGUCUAUCUUUUGAACCUGUCGCGCGAAGACCCAGAUGGUACAGGUAGCCUGGGAAACACUUUCACCGAUGCUGCUCCUACGGACGCCAUUUCUGGGUUUCCCACUCGCCGCAGCUUGCAGUCUCGGAGAUCAAUGGAUUCUGCCGGAUUCAGAAGCCCGUUUCUGGGAGGCAACAACGGGAGCAGACACAACCUUGCCGAGAGAAGGGCCAUGAUGCACGAUUACGAUGUCGAGAACAAUCAAUUUGAACUGGGCGAUUUGGCAGAUGACAGCGACGAGGCCGAAGAAGGCGGGCGCAAGAGGACAAGCUUCGAUAAUGCGCGCGCAGCCAACGGAAGAGCCAGUUCGCAGAGCAGAGUGCAGACGGAAUCAGUGCGUGAGUCCAAAACCCUGGAGCGGUAA